UACGCUGACGUCCAUAUUGUCAUACACUUGACAUAUGGAACCACGGCUUUUACCACCCAGCCAACGUUCCCCAUGUCCGAUUCUUCAUGCAAUGAAUGAAUGACUCGAAAAUAUAUCAGCAAGUGUCGUUGAAGGAACGGUCAGUGCGCGCAGUUUGUUUACCAAACGCACUGGCGCAAGCUUCCCAACCAGCAGGAUACAGCGCAGCCAUAAUUUGACAGCUCGACCAUGUCUGCCUCGGCCGCCAGAGAUCCUGUUGUGAAAACGAAGCAUGUUCGUUUCGCAAGAAUGAAGGAGGAUGAUAAUAACGAUGACCAAGAGGAACAUACUCUGUUUGACAAGAGGAAAGACACAAGGCGAGGGGUGAAGAGCGUAAUGAAAGGGAGGAAGGAGAGUUCGAAUUCGGGGUCCGAUGGUGAGGUUGAAAUCAUCGGUGGAGUUAGCAGCGCCAGCGGUUCUGGAGGCUGCAGCGGCUGGAUCAUCACCAUGGCGCUCUGUGCAUCGUUCCUCGGACUGGGGAUGAGUAUCUCUGUUUUAGGCCCCACGUUUCAAGACCUGGCCAUCAAUGUCAACCAGGACAUCAGCAACAUCUCCUACAUCUUCGUAGGCCGCUCGAUGGGCUAUAUAGGCGGCUCUGUGUUGUCAGGGAUUCUCUUUGACUGCAUGAACAGCCUUCUUCUGCUGGGCCUUUCCAUGUUGAUCACAGCGUUUGGGAUGUUUGCAAUCCCUUUCUGUAAGACAGCCCUUCUCCUCACUGCUCUGAUGUCCAGUAUUGGAGUUUCUAUGGGCUUUCUAGAUACAGGUGGUAAUGUCCUGAUCUUGCAGACGUGGGGAGAUCAGGCUGGCUCUCACUUGCAGGCUUUGCACUUCAGCUUCGCCGCAGGGGCCUUCGUCUCGCCCAUCAUCGCCAAGCUUCUCUUUGGAACAGACUUGGAGCUGGAUGUGGCUACGAACGGCAGCAUGGCAGCCCCGCCGGUAACAUCGAGCUCCCCACCUGUCACAGACGAUGUGUUCCAAACACAGUCCUCUAAUAUACCCAAACGCUAUGUCCUCAGUAGCAGCACCCUCAAGUCCAUGUGGGCCUACAUUGUGAUCAGUGGUUUCAUCCUGUUAAUCUCCCUCCUCUUCUUCAUCCUCUACGCCCGCCACAGGCCCCCUCAGGGCAGGGCACAGACCCCCUCAGGGAAGCACCUGGUGUCAAAGCAUCACAACGCACUCAUCGCCAUGCUCUUUGUCUUCUUCUUCUGGUACGUGGGGGCCGAGGUGGCGUACGGCUCCUUUAUCUUCACCUAUGCUAAGGAUUACAUUCAUAUGGACGAGGCCCAGGCAGCAGGGCUCAACUCCCUGUUCUGGGGGACGUUCGCUGCCGGCCGAGGCCUGGCCAUCUUCUUUGUGUCCUGCAUGCACCCAGGCACCAUGAUUCUACUGAGCCUGGUGGGCUGCACCCUGUCCUCCCUGUUCCUCACCCUCUUCAGCACUAACAGGGUGGCCCUGUGGAUCUGCACUGGUGUCUAUGGUGCCUCCAUGUCGACCACUUUCCCCAGUGGGAUCUCCUGGGUGGAGCAGUACACCACAGUGACAGGGAUCUCGGCGGCGGUUUUCGUGGUGGGGGCAGCCCUGGGGGAGAUGGUCCUGCCCGCUCUGAUGGGCUUCCUGCUGGGGAGGAUCCAUGGUCACCCCCUGUUGAUGUACCUGACCCUGGCCACCGCCACAAUGACCUCCAUCCUCUUCCCCUUCAUGUUCUGGCUGGCCUCGUCCCCCAGCGGCCCCAGCAGGACACCCCGCAUCAGGGGCCGCAAGGAGCCCGACGACAGUGAGUACCGCCAAGGCCUGCUGGACUCAGGAGCCAAUGAUGAGGAAGAGGAGCAGCAGGAGGAUGACGAGGCAGACCAGUGGAAUGACGCCGACUUUGAGGUAAUCGAGAUGGAUGACGCCAGCCUUAUAAACUCUCCGAAUAAAGCAUUGUUAUCUCCUAAUAAAGCGCUCUCUUUAUCUCCUAAUAAAGCGUUGUCAUCUCCUAACAAAGGGCUCCCACCACCUGAUGUUACGGGGACAUCAGGCGACAUCAGUGCCACAUCUGCCCCCUCUACUGCCCAGUCCCUAGAGCCCACAGUUGGGACCUCUUUUUCAGACUCUCCCGCUCUGCUGGGGGACUCACCCGGACAGAAAAUGCUGCUUUCCCUGGACCGGGAAAAGAGGGACUAGGUGCUUUAUUCAAACCAUAUCGUGGAAAUUGAUUGAAAUUUAAAGGCAAUGUUCCCGCAUUAGCAGAGAAUACAUUCACAGUAAACGCUGCAUAAA